GUGCGUGCGCUUUGCCUGUGGGAAGCUCGGAGGCGUGCUCGCUGCUGGGAACUGUCUGGCCACGGAGGAUGAGUCUGCAGUGGACCACCGUUGCCACCUUCCUGUACGCGGAGGUCUUUGCUGUGCUGCUGCUCUGCAUUCCCUUCAUUUCUCCAAAAAGAUGGCAGAAGAUUUUCAAGUCCCGCCUAGUGGAGUUGGUAGUGACAUAUGGCAACACCUUUUUCGUGGUUCUCAUUGUCAUCCUCGUGCUGCUGGUCGUUGAUGCCCUUCGUGAGAUCUGGAAGUAUGAUGACGUGACGGAGAAGGUGAACCUCCAGAACAACCCUGGGGCCAUGGAGCACUUCCACAUGAAGCUGUUCCGCGCUCAGCGGAACCUCUACAUCGCUGGCUUCUCCUUGCUGCUGUCCUUUCUGCUUCGCCGCCUGGUGACUCUCAUCUCCCAGCAGGCCACACUGCUGGCCUCCAACGAAGCCUUUAAAAAGCAGGCAGAGAGUGCUAGCGAGGCAGCCAAGAAGUACAUGGAGGAGAACGAGCAGCUGAAGAAGGAAGCUGGUGUUGACCGAGGCAAGUUGCAAGCCGGAGACACUGAGGGGAAGGUGGGGGAAGAGAACAGGAGCCUGAGGGCGGAUCUGAAGAAGCUGGAGGAGGAGCUGGCCGACAGCAGGCAAAAACUGGAGAAGGCGGAGAACGAGGUCCUGGCCAUGCGGAAGCAGUCGGAGGGCCUGACCAAGGAGUACGACCGCCUGUUGGAGGAGCAUGCCAAGCUGCAGGCGGCAGUCAGUGGACCCACGGACAAGAAGGACGAGUGA